CCCGAUCGCCCGACAGAAUCUUUAGCAGUCGCGUUGACCCGAUUCGUAUUUAACGUUCUAUUCAAAGAGUAUAUGUGGAACGCUUGAUUAACCAAACCGUGUUAAAGCUCUGGAACUUGGAUAGAACUAGGUCACGUACAAUCGAGACCCGACCCCACCAAUUUUCAAUAGUGCAGCCCAAUUUAUUGCCCACGGUGAUUGGUGAUAGACCCAGCACAUGACAGGAAGAGCAACAUGGGAAUAGAUAAGCAGGAAAAGGAAUGCUGUGGUGCGGCGACGGGGCCCGGCUACAGCAGCCCGAAGGAUGCGAUGAUUCUUGGACCAAAGGAGAAGCUGCUCUACAUUCCCUGCAUCAGGAACGGCACAUCAAACAAACAUCUUCCUGAUUACCUGUGCACGGUCGAUGUGGACCCCGCCUCGCCUACAUAUUGUCAGGUGAUCAGCAGGGUUGACAUGCCCUACGUUGGCGACGAGAUCCAUCAUAGCGGUUGGAAUGCUUGCUCAAGUUGUUUUGAUAAUUCUUCUAAAUGUCGCAGCAAGCUGAUUCUACCAUCGUUGAUCAGUGACAGAAUCUAUAUCUUCGACACAAGAACAGAUGAAAAGAACCCCAAACUUUUUCACAUUGUUGAACCAGAAGAGAUUCACGCCAAGUGCGACCUUGGCACGCCGCACACUGUCCACUGCCUCGGCAACGGGGAGGUAAUGAUUAGCGCGAUGGGAGACGCGGAGGGCAACGCUAAAGGUGGCUUCAUCAUUCUCGACGGUGAAGAUUUCAGCGUGAAGGGCAACUGGGAAGCUCCUGGUCACAACGCCAAGUUCGGAUACGAUUUCUGGUACCAGCCUUACUUCAACACGAUGAUCAGCACGGCAUGGGGCGAGCCAAAGGCCCUCAAGAGAGGAUUUGACCUCAAGGAUGUUGAAGCGGGGAAAUACGGCAGCGAGCUGUUCGUGUGGGACUGGGAGAAGCACACAAUCAAGCAGACGAUCAACCUGGGCCCCGAUGGUCUGAUUCCCCUCGAGAUUCGCUUCAUGCAUGACCCGCUCCGAUCCGAGGGAUUUGUUGGUUGUGCACUCAGUUCAACUGUCUUCCGAUUCCAUCAAUUGGCGAAUGGUGAAUGGGCAGCGGACAAGGUGAUAGAAGUUCCCGGAAAGAAGGUGGAGGGUUGGGCUCUACCAGGCAUGCCAGGCCUUAUAACUGACAUCCUGCUCUCUCUCGACGACAAGUACCUUUACUUUAGUAACUGGCUUCACGGAGACAUCAGACAGUACGAUGUCACCGACCCUGCACACCCCAAGUUGGCUGGACAGAUAUUCCUUGGUGGUAGUAUUUGUAAGGGAGAUGGCGUGACGGUUGUUGAAGACAAGGAACUCACUGAGCAGCCGGAUCCAUUCUUCAUGAACGGUAAACGAUUCUACGGUGCGCCACAGAUGCUCCAGCUCAGUCUUGACGGCAAGCGCCUGUUCGUCACAACCUCUCUCUUCAGUCCCUGGGAUCAGCAGUUCUACCCACAGAUGAUCGAUCAUGGGUCCAUCAUGCUGCAAAUAGACUGUGACACAAAGAAUGGCGGCCUGUCCCUCAACAAGAACUUCCUGGUGGACUUUGGCCUGGAGCCUGAUGGCCCCGUACUCGCCCACGAGAUGAGAUACCCCGGCGGAGACUGCACCUCUGACAUCUGGCUCAAAGAGGUCAUUGAUAAAACAAGUAAACUGUAGAUUGAUUGAAGAGAACUUGGCAGUGCGGCUGUGCAUUGGUUGCAAAGAUGACAGUUUGCUAACGAUUCCGUGACGAAUACAUGGUGAAUUUGCUGGCUAGCCAAAACGUUUGUCUCGAGCCCGUCGUCUCUGCGAUUACGAGGUUCGGAAAACAUCAUGCGUAUACUACUUUUGUAUCCGUCGAAAAAAAGAAAGAUAGUCUAAACUUCGACAUUGCAGAUCUUCCCUAGAUGUUUAUCUAAGUGUGCGAAAGCAUUGUUCCCUCUUUCUUUCCUUUCUGUGUUUUUCAUCUCUAUCAAAAGUAUUACAUGUGAUAAUUUAGAAAACAAAAUCGAUAUUAAUUAACACUGAAUUCUGGAACUACUACAUUGUAUUAUGGGAAACCUCCCAUUAUUGUGGAUUUUUCGAAAAGCAACCAAAACUGGAACGCAGCCCAUUGUAUCCUUGCUAUCAGGAGGUUGAACAAUAGGACCGACGUUCGCGUUCACGUUUCGGGGGCUUUGCAAAAUCUCUCUAUUAUGGAUUAUAGAUAGAUCGGCCAGGACAUUUGAAAAUGUGAUAUCAUGUAUUGUAGUUAUCGCACCUAUUUAUAAAAUAAUCUAAUCUUAACGUUAUCUUUGUAAAUUGAUGUAAUGAUAAAAUAUGAAUAUAUAAUAAAAAAAAACCUUUAUGUAUUUUUUAUGAA